AUGCGCUAUUCCCACGCUUUAGCGCUCUUUCGGCUACGAAAAGGUGCAGACAGUCAUACAGUAGUUUCAUGGCUCAUGGAAUUGUUUCAUCCAUUGGACCUGCCCCUUCACACCACCAUCAAAGACAACCACAGGUUCAUUCACAACACUACCAGCAUGCUCUUGUGUCCAGUUGAGUAUAUGUGGUCUCUCACUUUGUAUGAGAAGAUCAGAGACAGGGAUUCGGACUUUCUGGUCACUGCUUACUCUUGGCCAGCAUUUGUAUACAAAGAUUACUCAUUUGAUUCAGCCAACAUCAAGAAGGGCCUCUUUCACUUGACUCUACUGCUCAAGGCAUUUAAACAUGUCUUCACAUCUCCAUCCUCCGCCAAAGAAAUCAAUGCAUCUCAAUGUUGUCAGUCUUCAGAGAAUGACACAGCUAACCAUAGCCAUGUGGCUAAUAUCAUAGGCAUGAAAACAGUGACCCUGCACGUCAUUGCAUACACAGCUUGUCAGCUUCAAUUUGCUCUUUCCAAUGUGAACUCCUGGCAGAGCAUUGAUGGAGAUUUCGACUACUAUGAUUUCUACAAUAACAUUGUGGACUUUUUUGAGGUUGUACCAGGCACUGAUGCUCAAGUCCACAUUACCAAGUUGCUCAAAUGGUGGAAUAGGUAA